CUCCGUUCUCUCGUUCCGUUUCAUGGUCAUCGUCUCGCCUUCUAUUUAUUUAUUUGCCACCGAUCGAUCCGCGUGCUGUAUUCUCGGGUGCCGCCGCUCCCGACGGACAUAUAGGCCGAAAUCUCUGGGUCCGGUCCGACGCCGCCGCCCCCCAUAGAGAAGAAAAAGAACGAGGGAAGAGGAAGAGGAGGAUAGCCCCUCUCUCGCCCUCUUCUUUGAUUCUUGCCUUCGUCAACGCGGAUAAGGAUCGAGAGAUCCGCGGGCAAGGCUCGUAGAUCCGGGGCAGAUCGGCCCGCAGGAUAGCGAAUCGGUGCGUUGGAGGGCGAGACUCGGCGGAAGGGAUCCACACGGUUGUUCUAAUCAGAUCAAAGACCCGAUGGCAUCAAGUUGUAUUGCUUCUUUCUAGCAGUCUUGCUAUUGUUUAGAGGCUUUGUCACUCAGAUUAGGCCUUCUGUCCAGACAAACCUUCUGCUUCUGCUACAGAACAGGUUUGCAGUUAGGCUAGCAUAUUCAACUUCUGAGAAGCAACAACUGAAACUAAAGGGGGGAAAGUAAUUUAACGGAAGGGAAGAGGAAAGAAAUGGCACCCAGCAUUAGGAAGGCUCUGGGAACAGUGAAGGAUCAGACUAGCAUUGGCCUGGCCAAGGUGUCCAGUAAUAUAGCCCCUGAACUUGACGUGGCUAUUGUCAAGGCAACUAGUCAUGAUGAUGAGCCUGCUAAUGAGAAGUAUCUGAGAGAGAUCCUGAACAUGACAUCCUAUUCAAGGGGUUACAUCAGCGCCUGUAUUGCUACUGUGUCAAAGCGGCUUGGGAAAACUCAUGACUGGAUCGUGGCUCUCAAGGCGCUCAUGCUUGUCCAUCGUCUUCUGGUUGAUGGAGACCCUGCAUUCCAGCACGAGAUUCUCUACGCAACCCGAAGGGGUACCCGUCUCCUGAACAUGUCUGAUUUUCGCGAUGAGGCACACUCCAAUUCAUGGGAUCACUCUGCAUUCGUUCGCACCUACGCUCUAUAUCUGGAUCAGCGUCUGGAGUGCCUGGUAUAUGAGAGGAAACAAAGUGGUGGCAGCAGCCGCUCAAAUGAUUCCACGACAGAGCGCUGGAGAUCUCCACCACCAAAUCGAUCCGAUUAUGGAGAUCGUGAUCCUUAUGUGUAUGGAAGUUAUGGGAGGUCCUCCUAUUCAUCCCCUCCGGGUAAUGGCAGUGCUGGAUACGAUGAACGGCAGAACGGGGAAGAUAAGAAGCCACCAACACCACCGAGGGACAUGAAGCCAGAGAGAAUUCUGGGAAGGAUGCACCAACUGCAUCAGCUGCUUGACCGCUUCCUUGCUUGCCGCCCCACAGGCAAUGCAAAACACAGCAGGAUGAUCCUUGUAGCUCUCUACCCUAUCGUCAGGGAGAGCUUCCAGCUCUAUGCUGACAUAUGCGAGAUAUUAGCCAUCCUUCUAGACCGCUUCUUUGACAUGGACUACCCUGACUGCGUCAAAUCGUUUGAGGCUUAUGCUAGUGCUGCAAAGCAGAUUGAUGAGCUUUGUUCUUUCUAUGCCUGGUGCAAGGACACGGGGGUGGCCAGGUCAUCGGAGUACCCGGAGGUGCAGCGCAUUACCGACAAGCUUUUGGAGACACUGGAAGAGUUUAUGAGGGACAGAGCCAAGAGGCCCAAGAGCCCUCCUAGAGAGGCAGUCCCUGCACCCACAGGGGCUGGGGAUGAAGAACCAGAACAAGAUAUGAACAGCAUUAAAGCUCUUCCCGCACCUUCUGAUUACAAGGAAGAGGAGCCCGAGCCAGCAAAGGUCACUGUGGAACCUGUCAAGCCACAGCCGCAGCAACAAGCUGACCUGGUGGACCUAAGAGAUGAUGGCUCGUCUGCUGAUGACCAGUCGAAUAAGCUCGCAUUAGCUCUUUUCCAGGGGCCAGUGGCAGCAGCCAAUGGUGCAAAUGGCUCGUGGGAAGCAUUCCCAUCAGCCAAUGGUGACUCUGGAGUGACCUCCGCGUGGCAAACCCCUGCAGCAGAAACCGGAAAAGCAGAUUGGGAGAUCGUCCUUGUGGAGACUGCCAGCAAUCUUUCAAAUCAGAAGGCUACAUUAGGUGGAGGCUUCGAUCCGCUACUACUGAAUGGCAUGUAUGAUCAGGGAGCUGUGAAGCAGCAAGUGAAUGCCCAGAUGAGUGGAGGGAGCUCAAGCAGUGUGGCCUUGCCUGUGCCCGGGCGUGGCGCCGCUCCGGUUCUCGCCCUUCCUGCACCUGAUGGUACCAUGCAGACCAUCGGAGGGGAUCCGUUCGCAGCAUCGCUUAGUAUUCCUCCACCUUCCUAUGUUCAGAUGGCAGAAAUAGAGAAGAAACAGCAGUUGUUGGUUCAGGAGCAGGUCGUGUGGCAGCAGUAUGCAAAAGAUGGGAUGCAGGGCCAGACCAGCUUAGCCAAGCUCAACAACACCUUCAUGCCCAACCCGACGAUGCCAUAUGGGAUGCCAACAGCUUAUAAUAUGGCAGGCGGAUACUACUAUCCGACCCGCUGAAUUCUGAUCCUUUCUCCCCUUUUUGAACCCCCCCCCCCUCCCUCCUAUCUUGUUGUGACACGGAUUGUGCAGUGUCAAUCGCCUCCUGUUAUAUGUAUUAGCUAUUUGUUUCGUCUACGUAGUACUACCACGGUCGGACGUGUGACUCUCUUGUGUUGCUACGUGUUUAUUAGCUCUUAAUCGAGUGAACAUUCUCCA